AUGGGAAAAACAGGUGGUGGCACAAUGAAUACUGAAUCAUUAACAACACAAGAAGAAGUUUUGGAUAUAAUGUGUUCAACUAGCAUUGAUGGACAUCCCGAAAUAGAAGAGUCUACUGUAAAUAUAUUGCAGCUUCCAGAGGAACAAAUAAUGGAAGUUGAAUAUUUAGAUGAAGAUGAAGAAAAUAUAUCACAGAUUUAUGAUAUUGAUACAAAUAGUAAUGAAUGCAAUAUUAUAUUCUUGUUUGAGGAGUUAGAUGCGGUUCAACAAGAUCGAUAA